CUCUGUUAAUGUCAGUUAGAAGAAAUCGUAAAACGUUCGUUUUUCCUGAUUUGUUUAUAUUUAUAACAUAAAAUUUCUGUUUUAUUAUACUCGCGUCUAAAGUCGUGGCAAGGGCGUUCUUAUUUAUGAUUACAUAAGUCGUCAAUGUAGCCGGCGAAUGCAUGGAUCAUCACAACAAGUGUACAUUAUGAAACGAAACAUAUUUGCUUAGGCUAUGCCGCGACGAUAAUUUUUUUUUUUAACGCUGGACUCUGCUACUCCGACUUCUUUUGUGACAGAUUUCGAAGCGCAGUAUCAUUCCAUCCGUCCAAGCAUGGCAGGGAAAAGUUUGCUUAACUCUCUCGCUGACGCAGUGAACGAAUCCUUAACUGGUUGCAUUUUAACGUAUCCACACCUUGAACUUCAUGCGUCAAAGAGAGUUGUUUUGAAGCCCACAUGGAAUGAACCAAGUGAUAAAGUGUCUGUGAUAAGCGGAGGAGGAAGUGGUCAUGAACCUUUUUCAGCAGGCUUUGUUGGAGAUGGCAUGUUAUCAGCAUCAGUCUCUGGCUCGAUCUAUGCUGCGCCCCCUUCUGGUCAUGUUCUUUACGCGAUCCAGUCAGUCUCAACAAAUAACAAAGCUGGAUGUCUUGUUAUUAUUCCAAACUACACAGGGGACUGCUUGAAUUUCGGAUUAGCCAUUGAAAAAGCCAGAUACUUGGGCAUAAAAGUCUCACAAGUUAUUGUCGGAGAGGACUGCAGUAUUCCGGAUGACGAAGUGGGCAGAGCAGGAAAACGCGCUUUACCUGGUAUUGUCCUAGUGCUGAAGGUUGCAGGUGCCGUGGCGCAAGAAGGUCAUAGUCUUGAAGAGGUCACCAAUUUCGCUCAAAUGGUAGCGGAUAAUAUGGCGUCUUGUUCAGUCGGACUAACAGCCUGUACAAUUCCUGGUCAAGGACGCAUGUUCGAACUACCAGAAGACGAAAUAGAAUUCGGGCAAGGCUUACACGGAGAAGCUGGCUACAAAAGAAUCAAAUUACAGUCUUCCUCCAAAACUACAGCCAUUAUGAUCGACACUAUUGUCAAAGCUCUCAAACUCGUUAAGGGGAAUUCUGUGGCUGUUCUAGUUAAUAAUUUUGGCGGUUUGAGCCAAUUGGAGCAAGGAGUCGUUGUUAAAGACGUUGUUACUCAGCUUGAAAACAUGGAAAUCUUACCAUUACGAGUGUACGCGGGACUUGUAAUGACAUCCCUAGACAGCGUAGGAGUACACAUCACUAUCCUGAAGAUUCCGGAAAAUCACAAAACGGCGGUGAUCAACGCACUCGAUGAAAAAACAGAUGCUCCAAGAUGGCCCGGGUGUUCGUACAGUCUACCUUCAAAAUAUUACAACGCUCCUGCUAAAGAGGAAAAACUAAGUAAAACUCUCGUUGGUCCAUCUUUGACCAGUGAGCAAGAGAAGUUAUUAAAAAUUUGUUUGGAAAAAGCUUGUCGCGAAAUAAUUGAGAGGGAAAAGAUAAUUAAUGAUCUGGAUCGAGGCUGCGGAGAUGGAGACUGUGGAAUGACGCUCAAGCAUCUUGGUGAAGGAAUACUUUCAACGAUUGAUAAACUGCCGCUAUCGCAUCUUUCGUCUCUAUUAUCCGAAUUAGCAAAUAUUGCAGAGGACCACAUGGGAGGUACAUCAGGAGCUAUUUACAGUUUGAUGUUCACCGCCGCUGCAGUUGAAAUGUCCAAGAUUAACAAUGCCGAAAAUUGGUUGAAGGUUUGGGCGCAAGUUUGGCGUGCGGGAAUCAACGGUAUUAUGAAAUAUAGCAAAGCCAAAUUAGGAGAUAAAACAAUGAUUGAUGUAUUAGAGCCAUCGUUAAACGAGCUCGAUAAAAACUUAUAUCUUUCCUACAAAGAAGCAGCUAGAAAAGUCGCUAUUUGUGCUGAGCAGCGAUCUGAAGCCACAAAACACAUGGUCCCGAGAGCGGGGCGAGCAAGCUAUGUGAAACAAGCGGAAUAUUUGAAAGGAAUUGAUGCAGGAGCUUUUGCUGUGGCCACUUGGAUAAAUGCAAUAUCAGAAGCUCUAUGAAACCUGGAAAAACGAGGGUUUAAUAUAUGUAUUUUAAUCUCGUUGAAUAGCGUAUUGAAUGUGUAAAAGCUACUGCUUCCUUUAAAACAAUAGUCUUUUAUUUACCAAAAUCUAAGUACAUAUAAAUAAUGAGCAUACAUACACAAUCUAUAAGAUGCAAUAAUUUUUCUACGCUUAUUUUUAUAAUUACAAUUAUGAGGAAGUGUAUUCGUUUAGAAUCUAAAUUUAAAGAAACCGUAUACAGUUGCAUGUUCGAUUCUUAAGCUGCAUUGUCACGAACAAGUGCAGAACAUUUUAUUUUGUUAUUCUUACACAUCGAAAAUGGAAUCGAACAGCAAUAUAUGAUUUUUUUACUAUAGGUUUUGUAUAAGCGUUUUUAACGGAACAAAAAUCCGUAAUAUUGCCGCGGCUUUCCGGCUGCGACAUCGUUGAAAACAGUGGCUAGACGUUACCACUCUUUGUAAACCUACGUAUACAUACAAUGUACAUUUACAUAUUAAAUAUCACAAUCUAUGAUGAGAAGUCAUAA